CCGGCCCGUUCUCCCGCGGGCAGUUUAGUUCUCGCGAGAACCUCGCACUCGGGGAAGGAGGAGUCGGGGAAGAUGGCGGCGACGACGGCUAUCUCUCUGGGCACAGAGACCGUCAAGGUAGAAAAUGGACAAAGCACAGCAGCCAAGUUGGGGCUCCCUCCUCUCACCCCAGAGCAGCAGGAGGCUCUUCAGAAGGCCAAGAAGUAUGCAAUGGAGCAGAGCAUCAAGAGUGUCUUGGUGAAGCAGACUAUUGCCCACCAACAGCAGCAGCUCACCAACCUUCAGAUGGCAGCAGUGACAAUGGGCUUUGGAGAUCCUCUCUCACCUUUACAAUCGAUGGCAGCCCAGAGGCAGCGGGCUCUGGCCAUCAUGUGCCGGGUCUACGUGGGCUCUAUUUACUAUGAGCUUGGAGAGGACACGAUCCGUCAGGCCUUUGCCCCCUUCGGCCCCAUCAAGAGCAUCGACAUGUCCUGGGACUCUGUGACCAUGAAGCACAAGGGCUUUGCUUUUGUGGAAUAUGAGGUGCCUGAAGCUGCUCAGCUGGCCCUGGAGCAGAUGAACUCCGUCAUGCUGGGGGGACGGAACAUCAAGGUGGGGAGGCCUAGCAACAUUGGCCAGGCCCAGCCCAUCAUCGACCAGCUGGCAGAGGAGGCACGGGCCUUCAACCGCAUCUACGUGGCCUCAGUUCACCAGGACCUUUCGGAUGAUGACAUCAAGAGUGUUUUUGAAGCCUUUGGGAAGAUCAAGUCCUGCACGUUGGCCCGGGACCCCACGACAGGGAAGCACAAGGGCUAUGGAUUCAUUGAAUACGAAAAGGCUCAAUCUUCGCAAGAUGCUGUCUCGUCCAUGAACCUCUUUGACUUGGGAGGCCAGUACCUCCGAGUGGGCAAAGCUGUCACGCCCCCUAUGCCGCUCCUGACUCCGGCCACUCCAGGAGGCUUGCCCCCUGCAGCGGCAGUUGCAGCUGCUGCUGCCACAGCAAAGAUCACAGCUCAGGAAGCUGUGGCAGGUGUGACAGGAGCUGCCGUCCUCAGCACGUUAACAACUCCAGGGCUGGUGACGCCGGCACUGACCUUAGCACAGCCCCUGGGUGCUUUGCCGCAGGCUGUGAUGGCUGCCCAAGCACCAGGUGUAAUCACAGGCGUGACCCCUGCUCGCCCACCCAUUCCCGUCACCAUUCCCCAGGUGGGUGUGGUGAACCCCAUCCUGGCCAGCCCCCCAACACUGGGCCUGCUAGAAGUAAAGAAGGAGAAGGAAGAGGAGGAAGUUUUCCAGGAGUCUGAGAGGCCAGAAAUGCUCAGUGAGCAGGAGCACAUGAGCAUCUCUGGCAGCAGCGCCCGUCACAUGGUAAUGCAGAAGCUGCUUCGGAAGCAGGAGUCAACUGUGAUGGUCUUGCGCAAUAUGGUGGACCCCAAAGACAUUGACGAUGAUUUGGAAGGGGAAGUGACAGAAGAGUGUGGCAAGUUUGGGGCUGUCAACAGGGUCAUCAUCUACCAAGAGAAGCAGGGCGAAGAGGAGGAUGCUGAAAUCAUUGUCAAGAUCUUUGUUGAGUUCUCCAUGGCCUCAGAGACGCACAAAGCCAUCCAGGCGCUGAAUGGCCGCUGGUUUGCUGGCCGGAAGGUGGUGGCCGAGGUGUAUGACCAGGAGCGAUUUGACAACAGUGACCUCUCCGCAUGAACUCUGCUCCAGAGAGACUUUGUUAUUGUUCUCCUCAACCCCCUUUGUGUUCAGGGAUGCUUCUGGGCCAGCAUCACUUGCUCCUGUCAUGUAUUUGUAGUUUCGGAUAAAAGUGCAAGGAGAAAACCUUUC